GGGAGACGGCAGACAUCAGGGCUGUAACUAACUUUCAUCAGGGAAAACGUACAGCUGUUUACAUCUCUUAUUUGAGGAAUCUUUUAGCCUUGUGGAUUAUUUUUCAAGAAAUUUGGACUAACUUUAAAAUAAUGGCACUCAGGCAAGACUCAGAUAAAGAAGCAAGCAUCGAGCUCUUCAUAAAGGCCGGCCACGAUGGUGAGAACGUGGGGAAUUGCCCAUUUUGCCAGAGACUCUUCAUGGUUCUUUGGCUGAAAGGAGUCAAGUUCACAGUAACUACAGUUGAUAUGAGGAAGAAGCCAGAGGAGCUGAAGGAUUUAGCUCCAGGUACCAAUCCCCCUUUUCUCCUGUACAAUGGCACGCUGAAGACUGACUUUAUUAAGAUUGAAGAGUUCCUGGAGGCAACCCUCGCCCCUCCCCGCUAUCCUCAUCUCAGUCCUCGCUACAAAGAGUCAUUUGAUGUUGGCGCUGACAUCUUUGCCAAGUUCUCUGCAUAUAUCAAGAACAGUUCAAACGAUGCUUUCCAUGAAAAAGCCUUACUGAGAGAGUUUAAGCGGCUGGAUGAUUAUCUGAACACACCUCUUCAGGAUGAACUGGAUCAGAACAUCUCCGUUUCCAAAAGAAAGUUCCUCGAUGGAAACCGCUUGACAUUGGCAGACUGUAAUCUGUUACCAAAGCUACAUGUCAUCAAGGUUGCAGCUAAAAAGUACCGUCACUUUGAUAUUCCCGCUCAGUUCACUGGAGUCUGGCGUUAUCUGCAGAACGCAUAUGAGAGAGAGGAGUUCAGUCAAACCUGCCCAGCUGACAUUGAAAUUGAAAAAACAUAUCUGACUGUGGCCAAGAGGACAUGAACUUCCAAACAGUAUAUUUAAAGUACCAACUUUUAACUACAUUUAAACCAACAUGAAUCCCAGAUUCAUCUUAUGGGCUUUGGAGGAGGCCAUAUAAAAAUAUUUAAAUAUUGUAAAUAGUUUGUAAAUGGACAAGUUUAUAGUCAUUUGCAUAUGGAUGACAGGAACGGAAAGAGAAGAAAAACAUUACAAUAAAAUGCUCUAUUCAAACAAGACUAGUUUUUUAAAAAAGAUUUUUAAGUUGCCGUUCUCGGUGUGUAUCACUUAUCUUUUCUACAUCUCGGGGUUUUCUUGAUUUUUUUUUAAGCUACUUUAAAUAUACAAAUCUAACAUGAUUUUGUAGAACUGCCAACAAAUCUUUCUAACAUUGUAAAUAGAGAAACAAACCUGAUGCUGAUAAUAAUACAGUGACCAAUCUUAGCAGUUUACGUGAUUUUGCUGCUGAUUUUAUUUUUUAUACAUUCAUGCAGGAGACAGCCAGGAGACGAACAGGAUUAAAAUCACAAAGUAUUUCUGUGAUAAACAUAUUUCUCUAACCUCUUUGAGAUAACUAGUCCUGUCUGAAUAGAGCUAAAGAUAUCACACAGUUUAGCGAUGCCUAUGAUCCCAGAAUCCAUAAGAUAAACUAUAGCUUACUUUUGAUUGACCGCUACUGUUCCUUUAAGUGUUCAAAGCUUUUUGGGCAAUUUUUGCCUAUUCACCUAUUUGUAUUUUUAAUGGCAUAUGUUUUUGUGCAUAAUGUAAAUAUGUAUUUUAUAUCCAUAGGGUAUCCAUUCGGUUAUAAUGCAUAUCUAAAAUAUGUAUGUAUCUUGUAUGUAUGUUGAUCAGGACAGUUGUGCAGUAGAUAAUUCACACAUCAAGAUUUCCACACUAAUGGUUGUUUCAUUUAAAGGGUUAUAGUGGAAUACAGAUGCAAAAUUGCAAAAGCUCACCAUUUAUUAAAGUAUAUGGUUGUUUAAGAAAAAGAUUACACUGCUUUCUUUCAAAUUUUAUGUACAAAUAAAAUUGAUAUACUGCUACUAUAUUUGUUGUGUCUAUGUUUUGAAUGUGCAAAGCUGUGAUGACGAAUCUCUAUACUGACAAUAAAAUACACAGAUUUAUUUUACA